AUGGUCAAGUAAAAAUGUGGAUACUUUUCUUUUGUCGUCUUUCAUAAUCAUCACUAGCAUGUGCUCCCCUUUAAUCCACCAUUAAUCCCCGUACCCCUACGCCUACGCCCACUACCCUACCACCCCCUAUUCGAGAGAAUAAAAAGACUUUCUAUAUCCUGUGUUUAUUUCACAAUUCAGAUCUACUAAUGAAGCGGCAAUUCGACGCCGGAGAUACCCAUUUCGCCGGCGGCGAUGAGUUGAAGAAGAUGAAGAAGCAGAUUGUAGAACUAGGAGAAGAGAAGAAGUUGCCGAUGAAGCGGCAAUUCGACGGCAAAAACGGCGACGUGAAGAAGAAGAUGAAGCAAGUCAUAGAUUCGUCAGUAGAAGAAAAGGCUAAGGCAAAGGGAAAAUCAGAUGAUGCAGAAGUGGAAGCGGAAGCGGAAGCGGUGUUGUUAGAUGAGAAUCUGUUAUACGAAGUACUCAAACACGUAGACGGGCGCACGUUAGCAACAGCAGCGUGCGUUAGCAAGCAAUGGAACCAAACGGCGUUAGAUGAACGUCUUUGGGAACUCAUCUGCACAAAACACAACCGUAAUCAACAGCAACAGCUCCGCGCCGUCGUCUUAGCUCUCGGCGGUUUUCGCCGUCUCUACUCUCUCUACCUCUGGCCACUCUCAAAGCCUUCGCCGUUACCGUCAACUCCGUCGUCUUCCGCCUGGCCAUGCCUUCCACCGCCGCCGGCAAAUCGGCCGUUGAAAUACGCAGCUCCGAAUACUAGAUGGGGAAAAGACGAAGUUAACCUCUCGCUAUCACUGCUAUCAAUUCGGUAUUAUGAGAAGAUGAAUUUCAAAUCUAAUAAAUCAACUUAAUUGAUUACAAUUCAAUUUCCAUAUUUGACAUUAUAUCAUUAUCCUAAAUUUUCAGCUUAAUUAUGGUUUGUGCUUUUUCACUGUAUUGAAUCAUUUAUGCUUUAGAUCUACUAUAUGUUUUAUGUAACAUAAUUCAUAUGUAUGCUUUUGAUUUUCCAAGCUGUUAAUGUAUAGUGAGGCCUGAUUAGUUCAAGUUAA